UAUUAUGUAUGACUGUCAAAAAAUUCUCGUAUAAAUAUCGGUCUCUGAAGAACGUUUAAUCAUUGGUUCGUGUGGUUCGGUCAAAAAAAACAAUCAUGUUCUCUAAAAUUCUUGCCGUAGCUGCUUUCGUAGCUGUCGCCCAAGCCGGAGUCCUCGACUACUCCCACGGACACCACGCCACCUCCUACUCCGUAGCUUCCCCAGUCGUAGCCGCCCACGCUGCUCCAGUCUACGCACAUGCCGCCCCCGUCGUAGCCAAAUACGCUGUCCCAGCUUACGCUCAUGGACACGAGGAAUACCCCAGCGCCCCAGCCAAAUACGAAUUCGACUACGGAGUCCAAGACCCCCACACCGGAGACCACAAGAGCCAACACGAAGUACGUGACGGUGACGUAGUCAAGGGCAGCUACAGCGUCGCCGAAGCUGACGGUACCUUGAGAACUGUCCACUACACCGCUGAUGACCACAACGGAUUCAACGCUGUCGUAGAAAAGUCCGGAACUCCCGUUCAUCCAGUCGCUGUUCCCGCUAAAGUCGUUGUACCUACAGUAGCCAAGACCAUCGUAGCUGCCCCAGUUCAAUAUGCUGCUCCAGCUCACUAUGCUGCCCCAGCUCACUAUGCUGCCCCAGCUCACUAUGCUGCCCCAGCUCACUAUGCUGCCCCAGCUGUGACCAAGGCUUAUGUAUCUGCCCCAGCUCACUAUUCUGUAGCCAAGGCUGUUGUAGCUGCCCCAGCUCACUAUGCUUCCGCCCCAGUAGCUUACGCCGCCCCCCAUUACUACCACCAUUAAGUCUGUUAUUGCCAUGCUAUGUAUAUAUUAUGAAUAAGUGGGUUUUUUUAUUUAUUUUUUGUACUCUAUAUAUAGACAUUUGAUUAAAUAAAUCCGCAACUUCA